AUGCUCAACACCGCCUGGAAAUGCCAGGUUUCAGAUUUCUCCUUUUUGACUUCAAUAUUUUACUUUGAUUAAGUCAAUUAAGAGCUCUACCUGUCGCCUUAAACUAUAGUAGGAUCAUUUAGAGGGAUCAGAGGUGGCACCUAAUUGAACUAAGAUGUGAACUAAUAUGAGUUAGGUUUAACAUGCCUUUAUCUUGCUGCUAAAUAUGAGGACUUGAAAUAUCCCUACUUCGAUACGCUUAAGAAAUUCUUUAUUGAUGGACUGAUUGAGAGAUAAUUGUUUGAAGAAGCAGAUAAUUUAAAAAAUUUUGAAGUCUUAAAUCAUGAGGCACUGAUAUUUAGCUUACUUUAGUUUGACAUGCAUUAACCAUCAGCAAUUAGAUAUUAUGAGAGACUUGCAAAGGCAUCUUGCAUACUCAAAGAUUCAUAGAAAUAUCUACUGGGAUUAUAUCUACUGCAUAUAGUGGCAUUUUAUCCCAGUUUUGGAUUUGAUUUCAGCUAAGUUUAAAUAGCUUGUACUGUUAUAGCCACAGUUAAUAAAAUAUAUAGUCUCCGUCUAGAAGUUAGAGGGUAUAUUACUUCUAUAACAGGUAUUACUAUCAAGGAUAUAGGCUUUUGCAGCCAAAAAUUAUUAAUGAAGUACAUUUAAAUGUAUAAAGGAAAAAAUGAUAAAUUAGCCAAGAAUAGUCUUAUAGUUUGUAAGUUUGGACAGGAUUUAUAUUAAAGAAUAUCAUUAAUAGAGCCUCAAGAGUUCCUUAGAGAUCUUACUAGUGGCCUUUGA